AUGGGCCAAACCGCUUCGGUUCCGAAACCCGGAACCCAGAUCCAAGUCAUCGGUGCUGGGUUGCCUCGCACGGGCACUACAUCCUUCAGCAUAGCGUUAGCUAUCCUCCUCGACGGGCCCGUUUACCACUGUGGCACCCAACUCAAUCGUGGCCCACCAUCCGAACUGAAAUCCUGGGUCCGUAUCCUCCGUGCAUGGUUGGCCGGUGAUCGUCACACCGUCUUAUCCACACUUAGAUCGUGCUUGGCUGGCUAUGCUGCCGUCACUGACGCCCCAUCUUGUAAUCUCGUCCCAGAGCUGCUGGAGCUCUACCCGGAUGCCAAGGUCGUCUGUACAGUGCGCGACCCGGUCGCGUGGGAGAAGAGUAUGGAACACGUCCAUAGCGCCGCGGCUGCGUGGUUUCUCAAAGCUCUGCUCUUUCCGUUACCCGGCAUGCGACAUUUUGUAGACUUUACUUGGCUGCUGCGGCGCCUGUGGAGCAGGCUGUAUCUGGAUAAUCGGCCUCUGAGUUCGGUUAACGAAGUUGCCGCCACCCUGCCCCGUCGUGAGGUCUACGCCAGGCAUCUGGUUUGGCUGCAGGAAAAUGUGCCCGCCGAUCGGCUGGUGUUCUUUGACGUGAGGGAGGGCUGGGAACCGCUGUGUAAGGCAUUGGGGAAGGAUGUUCCGAAGGAUAUACCCUUCCCGCAUGAGAAUGAUUCGGCGGGCAUUGAACGCACGGCGAGGUACCACAUUCGACGGGCGUUGAUACGUUGGGCGGCGAUACUUGCGGUGGUUGGGAUUGUUCUUGUUGGUUUUGCUCGGCUAUCAUGA